CACUUGCUUUUUCCUUCUGGAUUUCAGUUCUUUCCCUGGGGUAGUGGUGGUUUAUCGCCUCCAUCAUUGUUUCUUCUUUUAAUUUUGAGAAAUUAUUUGCGUCCAAUUAUUUUCAGCCAGUGUUUGGCUUUGGGAUAGCAUAUUACAAUCUGGUUUUCUUUUGUAAAUUUUCGGGAUUGUGGGGAAAGAGACUUUAAACAUUCCCUAUGCACUCUCUCCUGUCUUCUAGCAAAGUAUAUAUUGUGUCUGUCUUGAUUCAUCAAUUUUGAAGCUUGGAACAGUGAAUAAAAGAACUGGAAUAAACGGCAUGGGUAGUGGUGUGAAAUUAGCCCAGAGCAUAAGGGGAAAGAAAGGCAAUACAUUCAGAAUUAUGGCAUGCUUGUGCUGGUCCGCUGGUUUCUAUGCCUCCUGUUGGAAGCCUUGUGGUUUAUUUUCCGCAGGGUCAUAGCGAGCAGGUUGCAGCAUCUAUGCAAAAAGACACUGACAGCAUACCGAGUUACCCUAACCUGCCCUCUAAGCUCAUCUGCUUGCUGCACAAUGUUACCUUACAUGUAUGAGAAGUUUGUUACUUUUAAUAGACAGUUGCAAAAUCUUUGUAACCUUAGGUUGGAUAAGUAGAUUCAUCGUAAAGAUUGAGAAAUUGCACCCGCUUUCUGAUUGUCAGCCACUCAGAAAGUGCAUAUUCUCCUUGAAUCAAUCAGAGUGCCCUAACCAAUACCUUAUUAUUUGCUUGUAGGCUGACCCAGAAACUGAUGAGGUUUACGCCCAGAUGACUCUUCAACCUGUAAACAAAUAUGAUCAGGAAGCACUACUUCUAUCGGAUAUGGGCCUCAAGCAGAGCAGACAACCUGCAGAAUUCUUCUGCAAAACUCUCACAGCUAGUGAUACAAGCACUCACGGAGGUUUCUCAGUACCACGUCGUGCAGCAGAAAAGAUAUUCCCACCUUUGGAUUUUACAAUGCAACCUCCUGCGCAAGAGCUAGUUGCUAGAGAUUUGCAUGACCAAGCAUGGACAUUCAGACAUAUCUAUCGAGGUCAACCAAAAAGACACCUGUUGACCACAGGCUGGAGUGUCUUUGUCAGCUCUAAAAGACUUGUGGCUGGUGAUUCUGUCCUAUUCAUAAGAGAUGAGAAGUCACAGCUACUGUUGGGUAUAAAACGGGCUAAUAGACAGCAGCCUGCACUAUCCUCGUCAGUCAUAUCCAGCGACAGCAUGCACAUAGGAAUUUUAGCUGCUGCGGCUCAUGCAGCUGCCAAUAACAGCCCAUUCACCAUCUUCUAUAAUCCAAGGGCUAGUCCGGCUGAAUUUGUAAUACCUUUUGCCAAAUAUAAUAAGGCCAUGUACACCCAAGUUUCUUUGGGUAUGAGGUUUAGAAUGAUGUUUGAGACUGAAGAGUCUGGAGUACGCAGGUAUAUGGGUACGGUCACUGGUAUUUCUGAUCUGGAUGCUGCACGCUGGAAGGGUUCGCAGUGGAGAAAUCUUCAGGUUGGAUGGGAUGAGUCAACUGCUGGGGAACGUCCCAAUCGAGUUUCCAUUUGGGACAUUGAGCCUGUUGUGACACCUUUCUACAUCUGCCCACCGCCAUUUUUCCGACCGAAGUUCCCUAAACAUCCAGGCUUUCCAGAUGAUGAAACUGACAUGGACAGUAUAUUUAAAAGAGGCAUGCCGUGGCUUGGAGAGGAUCUUGGGUUAAAAGAUGCUGCUAGCUCAGUCUUACCUGGCUUUAGUUUGGUCCAGUGGAUGAACAUGCAGCAGAAUAACCAAUUAUCUGCUGCUCAGUCUGGAAUUCUAGCUGGUGCAUUGCAUGGUAGUUUGAACACAGAAGACCAUUCGAAGCUUUUGAACUUUCAAAAUCCUGCAUUUUCCGCUACAAAUCUCCAAUUUGGCAAAGCAACCCAGCUGAAUCAACAAGCUAAUCAACUCCAGCAGGCAUCUUUGGCUGGGCCCCAACAGCAGCAGCUGCAGCACAUGCUGCAUUCUCCUGCAAACUCCCAGCAGCAACAACAUGCACUUCAGCUUCGUCAGCAAGCGCAACAACCAUUACAGCAGCAACAAUGUACCCCACAACUGCUCCAACAGCAACAACAUCAACAACAAAUUAUGCAGUUGGCUUCUGUCAAUGGUGGUGGUAGUGCAACAAGUAUCCAAAUGCCAAAUCAGAGUUUACAGCAGCCAUCAGUGUACCCUCAGCAUCAACAGCAGAUUCUAACAGGAAAUAUGCAAACACAACAGACUCCCGUAGCUAAUAGAAGUUCAUUGCCUCUAACAUCAUUACCUCAAGAUCUGCAGUUGCAGCAACAACUUGAAAACCAGACUAAUCUGUUGCAGAAGACCCACCAACAGCAAACACAGUUACAACAAGCUCCUUUGCAGUUGCUGCAGCAAAGUUUAAUGCAGAGAUCGCAAGUACAACCAACAUCGCAACAAAACUUCUCUGAACAGCAUCUGCAGCUACAGCUGCUUCAAAAAUUGCAGCAGCAGCAGCAGCAGCAGCAGAUGCUAUCCCCAGUGAGCAACCAUCUAGAUCCUCAGCUGCCUCAACAACAGCAGCAGCCUCAACAAAUGCGGCAGUAUCAACCUCCUUCUUUGUCCCAACCACAGCCCAGUGGUAACAGCUUGUCGACUUCGACAAUUCUGCAGUCACCACAAUUUCCUGUCAACCAACUCCAAGGACAGAUUAAAUCACCUGUUGUCUUCAAAGCCCAUUCUGGACCAACAGAUGGUGAUGCUCCAUCAUGUUCAACCUCACCUUCGACAAAUAAUUGCCAGGUUUCUCCAUCAAAGUUCGUAAUUAGGAACCAACACACGUCAGUCACUCAGGCAGGAGAAUCAGUCAUUGAUCCUUCACCUGUUCUUUUUAAUGAUCUUCAGAGCAAUCGAAUAAAACAUGAUUCAUCCAGCUCAAAGCCAGCAGAGCAAGCUAGAUUUAGAACUAAUACUGAUCAGUUGGAUGCAGCGUCGUCUGCUACAUCAUACUGUUUGGAUCCAAGCAGCAUUCAUCAGAAUUUUUCUCUGCCUGGCUUAUGUUUAGAUAGUGAUGUCCAAUCCCAUUCCAGGGCUACUCUACCUUUCACUUCAACUGUCGACUCAUUAGCACCAGAUGCUUUGCUUUCAAGAGGUUAUGACUCUGGAAAAGACAUCCCUAACGUACUUUCCAACUUUGGUGGUACUUCGAGGGAUAUUGAGACAGAACUAUCUGCUGCUGGCUUUGGAGUUCCAAGCAUGUCUUUUAAACCAGGCUGCUCAAAUGAUGUGCCUAUUACCGACGCUGGUGUUCUAAAUGGUGGACUGUGGUCUAAUCAAUCUCAGCGCAUGAGAACGUACACUAAGGUUCAAAAGCGCGGGUCUGUGGGAAGAACCAUCGAUGUCACGCGCUACAAGGGAUAUGAUGAGCUCAGGAAUGAUCUAGCACGUAUGUUUGGAAUCGAGGGACAAUUAGAAGAUCCACAGAGAACUGAUUGGAAACUUGUGUAUGUCGACCAUGAAAAUGACAUCUUGCUAGUUGGCGAUGACCCAUGGGAGGAAUUUGUGAGCUGUGUCCAGAGCAUUAAGAUACUUUCCUCAGCUGAGGUACAGCAAAUGAGUCUGGACGGAGAUCUCGGUAGUCUUCCUGUUCCAAAUCAAGCAUGCAGUGGGACGGAUAGUGGUAAUGCAUGGAGAGGACCCUAUGAAGAUCAGUCUGCUGCAUCAUUCAACCGAUGACAGCAUUCUUUUUCCGGAUCAUCAGCUCCAACAUUCUCUAAUCUAACUGAUCAAGACUACAGAAAGCUUCUUUCAUGAUCCUUGAGGAGUGAACUCUGUACGUUGAUACCUCACUAAACUUGUUCUGUGGGUGCUGGCUCGCGGUCAUUAGCAUUGUAACUGGUGCCGCUAACUGAAGCAAACUUAUUUUACUCCUUUGCAUUGUAAAGUUGACCCUAGAAAAGAGCAGAUUAUGUAAAUCUUUUUCUUCUAGUCAAUUGGAAUAGUUGACAUAGGUGUUCCAAUCUGUUCAUAAGUUCAGCUACUGUAGCCAGUCUCAUUCUACGAGAUUUCCCAGGAUAGCACGUAUCAAUUUUAUCCGAAGCUUACUAACACUACGAUUUUUGGUCUUGAGAAUUAAGGAAAGUUUAUGGCAUCCGAGCUUAUGAUCUUGUUCCUUCUUUCAUGGAAUUGUGGCGACAUUUCUUCC